GAACUGAGCUCACUGAGCUUGACUCAAAAAGUGUCAGAUUGUUGGCGCCAAUCACAAUAAUGUCAACAGUUUCUUGAUAGUCAACCAAAAAGUAGUUUAAAAUUUCUAUUCGCAAAAUGGAUAUAGACACAACAUCAGUGUCGAAGGGAUGCUUUUUGUUUAAAAAUGGUCAGCCUAGUAGGAUCAACAGGAAACGAAAACAUUCCGUUUUGGACAUUGACGAAUCUGAAUUAUGGUAUCGUCCUUAUAAAAUCGUCAAUCAGUUAAUCAACGGUGAUGUUGAGAACAUUCAAAAGUUAACAUUUAUCAAAGUAAAAGAGGGACUGAUGCAGUUCGUAGAAAAUAGUUGCGAUAAAUGGUGCUUGAACAAUUUACCGACAGCCGUGGUCGUCACUGGUGUCAACCAAGGCGAUCACUACCAAUUUUUCGACACACUUACCAAAGAAAUCCAAGAAGAUGCUUCGGUAACUGUGAUUCAGGGACGAAAUUGUUUAACUUUAAAAUCUGCCAUCAACACCAUGGUUUUCGGUUUAAUAGGACAACAAAUCGCGGAAGAUAACGACGAUACCACUAAUCAAUGCAACAGCAAUCUGCGUCGUUCUCAAUACAAUAUUCAAGUGCUCAGGUCAUGGUACGAUGAAAAAUUUGUUAACAAAAAAGGUCCCACACUGGUCAUCGUUAUUCCUGAUUUCGAAUUGUUUCGAAAAGAUGUUCUCGUCGAAUUCAUUCAGUUACUGUUGACGAUGAACGAUGAUCUUCCGAUGGUGUUGGUGUUGGGUGUAGCAACCGAUAUAUCGAUAUUGCAACGCUCUUUGCCGUCGCAUGUGAUCAACAAACUGCAACUUUGUAAAUUUCAAUCGAGUCCAUCGAAACAAUGUCUGGAACAGAUUCUGAGUGAUGUGAUAUUGUCACCGAAGGUCGGCGUCAACCUGUCGGGAAACGUGCUCAACCUUCUCGUGGACAUUUUUCUUUAUUUCGAUUUCUCCAUUAAUUCGUUCCUGAAAGGCUAUCAGUAUUGCCUGAUGGAACACUACUACAAGGGAAACGCAUUUUCAUUAUGCGGCACCACUAACGAGCAAUCGCUUGCGAUGAUCAGGAAUUUGAAGCAUACCGAUAUCGAAGAUAUUCGACAAUUGUCAUCGUUUCGAAUCUAUGUGGAGUCGAGAACGAAUCCAGCCGAAAUAAUCAGUCUACUUGAAGAUGACAAAUAUUUUGUGCAGCAACUGCCGGCAUUGCUCAAAGACCUGCACGAAUAUUUCAACAAUUUCCACUGUUUUGCCAGAUUGCUGUUUGCGAUGGUCAAAGGUCUGCCGAAAAACUUUAUUGGAAAGCAAUUACGAGACGUCUAUGCGCUGUGCAGUUCGACAAACAUUUUUCAAUCGGAUACGUUUACCGAUUUGUGGCAACUAUUGAGAAUGUUAUCGAAGGAGGAAUUUCUGUCAACUUUGGUUAGUGCCGUUGACACGCUCAACCGUUACAAAGAAACGUUUUGUUCGAACGAAGGCAUUAUCACCCAUGACAUUAUCGAUGCGGUGGUCGAGAAACUGACCGAUUGCAUCACAACAAUAUCAAAGGCUGACGCAACAACCGAAACCACAACCAACAUCACACCAAUCAAGCUGAGCAAAGAUUACAAGGAAGAACUCAAAAUUAAAAUGAUGGAGCAGGCAUCUAAAUCAAAAUUUGCAUCCGAAAUCAGGAAGCAGAUGGACAUAACGCUCGCUUAUAUCAAAGAUCAACUGACAAAGUACUUGGUUCCGUUCAACAAAGGUCCUGCGCUAUACGAAUUGUUUGUGUUCGAUGACGUACGAUCGGUUCGACAACAUAUUAUGGGCGCACCCAGGGCUGUCAUACACAAUGCACUGCAAAACCCACAUAUUUAUCUUCAGUGUUCUUGUUGUACUUUGGACGAUCCUGCACAAAUACUUCCAUCGCUACCAGACGUUUCAAUUGCAUUCAAAUUACAUCUCGAAAGCGGUCAGAUGAUAAACCUAUUUGACUGGUUGCAGGCAUUCAAUAUCAUUCAUCAAGUGGAUCCAGACCAACAGUCCAACGAAAUUGAACCGGAAAUUCAAGCCCGCUUCGUGCGAGUAGUCGCCGAAAUGCAAUUUCUCGGAUACAUUAAGAGUUCGAAGCGUAAGACUGAUCAUGUUGCUCGUUUGACUUGGUAGGACAAAGGUUUGAUUGUGACAAUUUUUUGAUUUUUUUUUGUAUUUCGUUUUCGUAUAAAAUGGAUCCAUUUGAAUUUUA